UUGACGCUGCUCGGCUCUCUUGGUGUUGUGGCGACGGCGCGCGCUGUUACCAAGACAACAUGGCCGACAAUUAUCACCAAGAUGACUUCCAAGAUGUUAAACCCAACUUGGGCUACUGGUUCAGCGUGGAGGAAGCCCUGGAACAAGUUGUCUUGCACGAGGAAAAAACGGGUACCAGAUACAGCUUCCUGAGGGCCGAUGCCAACUUUGGUCGGGCAACUUGGAAUAAUGAAGACUGCCGCAUACAGUGGGAAGAGAGUGAAAAAUACCCUGAAGGAGAACGGCUGACCUUUGAUGGAGUCCCUUUCGUUGUUCUUGGAACCAAACAUCUGGGUUGUCAGUUUGGUGUACGGAAUCCUUGCAAGAAGGACAAAUAUUUAGAAUGGAGAAAGGACCAGUGUGAACAAAUAAGUCCACCCAGGAGAGGCAGCUGCCCAGCUAAGGUUGUACUGAAGGAAGUUAUCAAAUUUCCAGAUUAUAGAAUUGACAGCAACACCAAUUAUGAAAGAAAGAAGUGGUCUAAAAUGAUACGUGAUGAUUUGUUAUUAGGCAAUGCUCGUCCCCAGCAAAGAAUAUAUGUUCAGCUUCCCAACAGUGAUGCUCAUGUUCACACUGUCUUAGUAAAGAGAGUAAAUGAAGACACAGUCAGCAAACCCAACCCACCCCACUGUUUAAUCUGCAAUGCUAAACUUUCAGCAUCGACCAGAUCUGCUAUUGCUAUAUUUUCUGGGCAGGUCCGUACUUCACAUCGAAAUUUGGAGUUGCACUCUAUCCUGGGAGAAAUUAUCAACCAAACUUUGGAGGAAAAUUUGCUACAUUCCACUAUCAUUUGCAGCAAGUGUUUCAACCUCAUUGAUGAUAUUGACUCUAUUGAAGAACAGUUAAUUAAUAAGAAACAAUUAGUUGUCAACAGAUAUAAGAGAACAGUGGCUGAAAUCCAAGGGCGUCCCGAGUCUCCAAAUAGCUUUAUGCUGGAGGACGAUGAAUAUGAUGAGGUGUCAUAUGGGAAAAAACGCGGUCGGGGACGAGGUCGAGGAAGACCACCAGGUCGAGUCCGUGGAAGAGGGAGAGGACGUCCCCGUGGAAGACCAAGAGGCAGCAGUCCCAAGAAGUCUCUAGGAGAAUGCAUAGUGAAACUGGAAUUGGAGCAAGCUGAUGAUGAACUUACAAAUGUUACUUUCUUUUCAGCCUUAAAGUCCCCUCAUUCUCUGAAGACUAUUAAGAAGGAAGAUAUAAUGAAUGACCUAGAAUCAACUGAUCAGAAGCCAAAUAAUGAAAAUAUAGAGAUUUCUGAAGUGAAUGGAGAUGAUUUGACUGAGGAUGAUGUUGGAGAAGCAGACAUGCCAAUAGUUGAUGGGGAUGUUGCCAUGGAAAUCCAGGGUGAUGUUUUAGAAGUUGUAGAAGAAGUUUUGGAAGAGGAAGUUAAACAAGGCAAAAGAUUUUCUUGCUCUGAAUGUGAAAAGCAAUUUCUGACCAAAGCUGCAGUUAGGAACCACAUCAAAGUUCACGAUAGACUCGAUUCAUAUGACUGUGAUGAGUGUGAAAAGUCAUUUGCAACUAAGUAUCGCCUUAAAGCUCACUUAAAAACUCAUGUGGACAGGGACAGGCCUUACAAUUGUAGAGUUUGUAACAAGGCAUUUUACACACGUUAUCAUUUAAAUACACACAUGAGAUCCCAUGAAGGAGUAAGGAAUUUUGUUUGCCAGUUGUGUGGCAAGGCUUUGUCAACACAGAAGACACUAGAAAUUCAUGCUCUGACACAUACAGGGGAAAAACCAUUCCAAUGUGAAAUUUGUGGUUCUACUUUUAGGCAAAGAAGUAAUCUACUAACUCACAUAAAAGCAACACAUUUACAACAAAAAAAUUAUCAUUGCCAAAUGUGUCAAAAAUCAUUUGUAAGAAAGAGGCUUUUGGUAUAUCAUAUAAAUAGUGUUCACACAGGCCAAAGGCCAUAUAAAUGUGAGCUGUGUAAUGCUUGUUUUGUAUAUCCACAUUAUUACAAAAGGCAUUUGCGGAAGCAUACGGGUGUUAAACCACACAAAUGCCAUGUUUGUGGUAAAACUUUUGCAUCGAGAGAGAACCGUAAUGCGCACAUGUUUAUCCAUUCGGAUAAAAAGCCUUAUGAAUGCAAACUUUGUGGUGCAGGUUUCAUGCGUAAGCCACUGUGUGCAAACCACUUGGCAAAUCAUGGCCACACUGAAAAUGCUGAGGCCUAUAUUAUUUUUAAUUCUCCAAGCCUUCUGGUUGGUGGUCAGGAAGAAUUAAUGGUAGCCGAGGACGAAGAAGCAGCCCGUGCUGUUCAUGCUGUAAGGAUGGCUGAAGAAGCUAGUCCACAGGAAACUAUAGAAGAACCAGCACAGGUAAUGCGUGAUACUAAAGUAAUGAAAGUAAUGUCAAGACCUUUGCAUAUUAUUGAAACGGAUGAUGCUACUCGUUAUGUUAUUCACUCGGGAGACCGCGUUAGAGAUGAAAAUAUGGAGCACUUUUUUGCUGCGUUACAGGGGCAAGUUGUAGAAGUACGUUCAGAAGAUUUCUAAUGCUGUACUUACCUUUUUGCUCAUUUUCCUUAGACGAAAUGUGUUAAUUUCACAUUACUAUUACUUAUUUAAAACUAUAUAAAUUUAUUUGUUAAUUUGUUUUCUAUAUAUAGACCCAUUGUAUGUGAUGUCAUGCAACCACAUGGAUUUUAUUGUAUGGGAUAAACUACUAGAAGAAAGUUUAGCAUUAAAUGAGUGUGGAAAAAUCUCUAUAUACAGUGAAGCCUCAGUACUCAAACUUGAUUGUUUUGUACCUGGAUUGUACCUGGAUGAGGCUCUAGGAGUUCUACUUCUGAAGCCAGGCUUGAUGCCAGGCUUGACUUCCUGAAGACCUUUAAGUGCCAAUCUGUUCAAGUACCAAACCAUUUUUUUCCAUAAGGAAUAAUGUAAAUUGGAUUAAUCCAUUCCAGACCACACAAAAUACAUAUAUGAAUACAAUAAAUACAUGAAAUAAAUGCAAAUACUGUAUAUUCUCACUUUAACUGCACUUUGGAGAGUUGAUGGCAUAUGUGGAAGGUGGUGAGGCAGAGGAGGAAAGAUGAUGAUGUUUGGUAGUAAGUCCUCUAACAUAAUAACUACAGGUAAUUGGUAAUUAUACUUCUGGAGUUCUUUCUCUUUUUCUUUUUUUUUCUUUUUCUGUUUCCUUUUUGAGACACUCUGGAUGUUUUUCUUACAAGAAACUUGUCCAAUGGUGAUUGCUUUUGCAUGCAUUUUAAAAUGUUUCUAAAGUGGUACAUAGCAUUGUCAUUCAAGAGGUUUAUAAAACAGUUUGUCACAGCUUUGUCACGGUGAUAUUUUUCAAGUAAACGUACUACUUUCCUUCCCCUCAAUUUUGCACAAAUCUCUCUUAUUAGAGAACUAGGGACAUCCUACCCUCAUUCUCUGAAGAAAACUCAGCUGCCAUAUGUUGUUGCUCCCUCUGAAGAUCCUGCAGUUCUUUCAUGGUGAGCUUUGCUCUGUCCUCCACAUUAUCAGCACUAACCCCCAAGCCCCAAUGACUUGCCUAGACACACACUAUCCCCCACAAUAAUCUCAAAGCCUUCAAAGUCAUUUUCUGCUACAACAUUUGACAGAAGUUACAAGAUGACUUAAACAAAUUGAAGGAAUGGUCCAACAAGUGGCUACUAAAAUUCAACUGGAGUAAAUAUAAACUAAUGAAGCUAAGUGGAGGGAACAAGAGGCUAGACAUGGUACCGAAUCGGAGACAAAGUCCUUCGCGAAACAGAGAGAAAGAUCUGAGAGUUUAGUGGCAUAUGCAAGGUUGGCUAACAUUAGAACUGCUGUUAGAAAUUUUGCGUAAGGAAUCGUUUAGAACCUUCUAUACUACAUACGUAAGAUCAGUCCUAGAGUAUGCAGCUCCAGCAUGGAGUUCAUACCUAGUCAAGCAUAAGAUGAAACUGGAGAAGGUUCAGUUGUGCCACUAGACUAGUUCUAGAACUAAGAGGUAUGAGUUACAAGGAAAGGCUGCAUGAAUUGCACCUCAUGUCUGGACAGCAGAAGAGUUUGGGGUGACAUGAUUACCACAUACAAAAUUCUCAAGGUGAAUAAA